AGGUGCUUGAUGGACAAGUCCCAGCCUCUCUGUUCCUCUUUAUAAGCCAAGACGACCAGUUGUCUUGGUGCCGCUGUCCCUCCUGACUGCACAGACGGGCCUGGAGCAGAAGAGUGGCGAGAUGUGGUUGCUGCUGAUGGCCCUGGGCCUGGCCCAGGGGCUGUGUGCCGCCGCCCCGCAUGGAGGAGUGAGCCGCAACAACCCCGAGCAGUUCAUGAACAUCAGCCAGAAGAUCCGUUUCCAGGGGUACCCCAGUGAGGAGUAUGAUGUGCUGACUGACGAUGGCUAUUUCCUCAGUGUGAACCGAAUUCCCCACGGCAAAGGAGAUGCUGGGGACUCAGGAUCCAGGCCACCUGUGCUGGUAGUGCACGGGUUCAGUUUAGAUGGUGGCGACUGGGUGGACAAUCUCCCCAACAGCAGCCUGAGCUUCAUCCUAGCAGAUGCAGGUUAUGACGUGUGGAUUGGAAACUGCCGGGGGAACAGCUGGUCUCAGCGGCACCUGAACCUCUCUGUCAACCAGGAGGAGUUUUGGGACUUCAGUUUCCACGAGAUGGCCAUGUACGAUGUGCCAGCCAUGGUGUCCUUCAUUCUGCAGCACACCGCGCAGGAGAAGCUGUACUACAUUGGCCACGCUCAGGGCAACUCUCUGGGUUUCAUAGCAUUUUCAAGCAUGCCACAGCUGGCUCAGAAAAUCAAAGUGUUCUUUGCCUUGGCUCCUCUUUACACCUUUCAUCAUGCUAAAGGUCCUGUGUUAAAGAUAGCAUUUUUACCAGACAUAGUGCUGAAGACAAUAUUUGGAACAAAACAACUGACCCUGGUGGGAAGGGAGGAAAGAGCCAUACUUGCCAAGACAUGCAGCAACCUGCUAACAGCUGAAGUUUGUGAAAAUGAAAUAUUCCUUAUUGGUGGAUACAAUAAGAAGAACUUGAACAUGAGCCGACUGGAUGUAUACCUAGCUCAUUUUCCAGACUAUACAUCAGUAAAAACUCUUCUCCACUGGGGACAGACUGCCAAAACUGGGGACUUCAAGCAGUUUGACUACAGGGAAAAGAAUCAGGAGAAGUACAACCAGACCACCCCACCCUUGUACAGGAUAGAAGACAUGACAGUGCCAACUGCCCUGUGGAGUGGUGGUGAGGACUGGGUGAAUCCACCUGCAGAGACCCAGCGCUUGCUCCCCCGCAUCACCAACAUCAUUCAUCAUGAGCAUUUUCCUGACUGGAACCACUUUGACCACCACUGGGGCCAGGAUGCACCACAGCGCAUGUACAGGCAGAUUGUUGCUCUGAUGGAGAAAAAUCCAUGAAUGUUCUACAUGCUGCCCUGGGAUGGAGAACCCAUUUGUUCCCACAAGCUCAGGGGCAUGAGUUUUGUGUGAAGUCUGCCACUCUCUUCUUCCCUUCUUAAAAAUGUCUCCUAUCACCCUAUUCCACACAGAUUUAAUGGGCUAAAUAUAAUUGUCUAAUUUCUGCCUGUUUUCUGUGACUAGAGACUAAAAUAAACUCUCAUAUCA